AUGUCUGUGGUGAAGUCAGUCGAAUUGGUGCUCCCCCAGGAUGCAAUCUACCCGGCCGGCUCCAGCAUAAAAGGGCAGGUGAUUUUAACCCUGAACAGCACCCUAGUGGACCCCAUGGUGAAGGUGGAGCUCGUGGGAAGGGGUUACGUCGAGUGGCGUGAAGAAGCUGGAGCAUCCCAAGAUUAUAGCAGAAAUGUUAUUUGCAACAACAAGGCAGACUACGUGCAUAAGACAAAGACAUUCCCAGUGGAGGGUAAGGACAAGGCCACUGUUACCCAGGCUGGAGUGCAAUGGCGCGAUCUCGGCUCACCGCAACCUCCGCCUCCUGGGUUCAGGCAAUUCUCCUGCCUCAGCCUCCUGAGUAGCUGGGAUUACAGGCUCCCUUCUACCUUUACCAGCAAAUUUGGCCACGUCUUCUACUUCGUACAAGCUUCCUGCAUGGGCCGGGAACACAUUUUAGCCAAGAAGAAGAUGUACUUAAUGGUUCAAGGGUCUUCUGCCUUCCACAGAGAAACCCCAUUCCAGAACCCCUUGGUUGUGGAGGCUGAGAAGAAAGUCUCCUACGAUUGCUGCCGCCGGGGCACCGUCUGCUUGCAAAUCCGGAUGGAAAAGAACACCUUCACGCCAGGAGAGAAGGUCGUCUUCACGACAGAGAUCAACAACCAGACCAGCAAAUGCAUCAAGACGGUCAUCUCCGCCCUGUACGCCCACGUGCAGCACGAGGGCUUCACGCCCGGCGCGGAGCGGCGGUCUCGGCUGGACAGCAGCGAGCUUCUGCGGCAGGAGGCCGGCACCCCCAUGACCCGCUUCAACACCACCAAGAUCGUCAGCACCUUCAAGCUGCCGCUGUUGCUGCCCGUGAGCAGCAGCACGCAGGACGGUGACAUCAUGCACGCUCACUACGAGCUGGCCGUCACCGUGCACCUGCCCUGGUCCCUGGCCAGCCUCACGGCCAAGGUUCCCAUCAUCAUCACCAGCGCCUCGGUGGACUCCGACAGCGGCCAGCAGCCACUGGACCGAGUGUCACCCGUGAGCCCAGAUCACCAGAAUUAAGCAUCCAAACUUUUAAAUA